AUCCUUUUAAGGCCAAGCACCCGAAACGCACAGCACAGCUCUACGUCGCGCAAAACCCAAUUGAGCUGCUUGCUGUUUGGUAUUUAUUUAUAGACACACAGAAAAACCAGUGUUUAUAAGCCGUUUCCCUUUAUUCUUUACUCUUUUUCUUUUUCUUUACCGUCAUGAAUUUCAAAGACUUACAAUUCUCGAUCGGCAAGUUGACAACAGGCGCCUACUCGCACCUGGCCAAGAAAAACCCGCUGUUAAAGCAAGACACCCGGGCAUUGUCAUCAUGGAUCUUUGAAGAGCGCAAUGCACUUUACAUGAUGCGCAUGCUCGGUCACCAUCGCAACGAAACCGAUCGUGCCUUUGAACAGUGGAUCAAGGACGAAGUUCAGGAAAAUAACACAGGCAACAAGGACUUGGAAGAUAUCGGUGACAAGUUGCUUCGGUUGAUGGACAAGCAGAACGAAAUAGAGCAAGCUUACGCAAACAAAUACCAGCAAUACCGGCGCGCGAUCAAAGCUAUCCGAGAACGCGAGGAACGUCUGUCUGAUAUCCGCGAAAAGAAACGCGCACUCCAAGGCCGUAUUGGCACCUUGAAACGCUCCAGCGCCAAGUCACCAAAAGUGAAAGAAUUCACCAAGGAACUCGAAUCGUUGGAACGCGACACACACGACACCGAGAUGGAGAUGAGCGAUUUCAAACGGUUUGCGCUGCGUGAAGCAUUCUACCUCCGCUUCAACGCCAUGCAUGAGAUGGCAGAAAAGAUGUCCAUUAUUGCUGGGUUUGGCAAGUAUAUUGUGGACUUGAUCGAUAUCGAGCCUACGCCCCACGGCCAAGCCAAUCGAAAGACGUAUGAUAAGGGACCCGAGGCAGCUCAGAUUUUGGCGGAUGCUUUGUUGGCGUUGGAAGGAUGGCAACCUGGAGAAGGUGAAGAACGACCUACGCUGGCUGGGAAUAGUGCUGUUGUCGUCGACGACGAUGCAAGCACGACUAUGGGGGAUGAUGAAUUUGAUGUUGGCGGCAGUAGCGGCAAGGGUAAAGCAAGAGCAGCAGUAGAAGCAGGUGGCAUGGCUACCGCUGCAAUGGAAACAACUGGAUCGACAGAAAGUGGAGCUUCUUCGGAUAGCAGUAAGCAGCCACCUCCGGCGUUGCCGCCAAGACCAUCUGUGGAAAAGGCUGCUGAGGCUGCCGCGGAAGAAGCUACAAACAACAACAACAGGGUUGCACACACGACUGGCGAUGUGAAAACGAACGAGGAUGAACAGAACGAGCCCAACUUGGAAGCGCUGGAUCUUUAUGGUCCGCCGCCAGCUUACUCUGCCACUCAAGACGACGCGUCGCAUUCGCCUCGCAACUCAUACGAACCUGUACAACUGACUGACGCCCCUGCUCCUGAGCCCACGCAGCCCGAUGAUACUAGUAGCACACCUAUUGCUCAGCAUCAUCAUGAGCAUCAAUCCCUGGAACCAGCCACACAGCCCAGUGCCCCACCGAUGGAGAUGCGCACAAGCCAAGACAAAUAUCUUGACGAGGGUGAGCCAGAGCAACAACCUCAGCAGGGUGUCGUUAGCCCUAUGAAUCCAGCUCAUCAACGCCUAUUGUCAUCCUCAUCUCAACCUGGCGGCUUUUCACAAUCACCUCAACCCAUGCAUCAGGAGCAACUAUUGCUUCAGCAGCAACAGCAGCAGCAACAGCAACAGCAGCAACAAUACCCGCACCAACAGUAUCAGCAGCCGCAAUAUCAACACCAACAAUACCCAGCUCAAAGUCCAUGGGUGCAUCCAGGAUCCAUGUCCUCGACGUGGUCGCAGUCAACGCAGCAACAACCAGCCGACUUUUAUCAUACCAACUACAGCCAGUUGUACCGUCAAAUCUCGCGAAACCAACGACAGGCUCCACAGCAGAUUCCGUAUUCUCAGUUCCAACAGCAAUAUAAUGUCAACCAGCAGCAGCGGCAACAGCAGCAGCGUGUAGAUGCCGGCGGAUUCCGUAUACCAACUAAUACUUCUUCUACGACUACGAGUUCCCAUCAGAGAUAUCCCACUGCUGAUGAAGAGAAACAAUCAUUGGCAGAACGUUAUGGGUCCAACUGAACUAUACCAAGCCAAGGUAGUAAUCGCAGUAGUAGAUAUGUAGUAAUAAAUAUAUCCCCUCUCUUUUCCUAUAAUGUAUCCACUGUUGAUAUCAUAUAGCGUACGUUGCUGCCGCUUCAACGUCAUUGAUAACGUCUGUGUGUAAUUCGGUCAUCUCUCCUCAGCCUUAAGGUAAUACGCAACUGUGCAUGUGUGUAGUACAGGCCCCCAAUUUCCUUUUACAGGCCACACUGUCAACUUUAAAUUCUUGUCCAACCCUAA